GUUUGUUAUCUGUCCAAAGUGUGUGGUAUUUAAAGGCUUAAGCAGUUCCUUUUUCGGGCUGUCACAGCAAUACAAAGUUAAGUUCUUCGUUCUGUAUUGAUUUUUUUCAAAACUAUUCACAGCAUUUUCUAUUCUCUCUCUCUCUAAGCAUAAUCCUUAAACUGGAUCAUAGCAGUUGUUAUUUGGUAAAUAUUUUUGGUUGUUAACAGUCAUGAGUGACGAUGAUCAAAUCCUACGACAGAGAACAGGGGAUGUUAUAGAAGAAAUAACUACUACUACUACUACUUCGGCUACUACUACUACUACCACUACUACUACUCCUCCUCCUCCUCCUACUCCUACUUCUACUUCUAUCAAUACCACUACACAAGAUAAUGAUGAUGACGAUGAUGAUGAUGACGAUGAUGAAGAAGAACCAAUUGAUCCAAUUCAACCAGAUUUUGAAGCAGCUGCGGAAAAAUUACAUCAAGGUACAAGUUAUGUACCACCAAUGAUUGAUUUUUUAAAUCAAUUUCUCCCGCCACGUUGGGUUAAUUGGACUGUACGAUUAUUUACUGGUCUAUUAUUAAUAUCAGGAUUUACAUUAAUAAUUUAUUUCGGUCCAUUAGCAUUGGUGCUUAUGGAUUUUCUACAACCAUGGAUAACUCAUCAUCAAUUCAUAUCAUUUUCAUUAUAUUGUGCUGGUAUUGUAGCAUUUGUUUUAAGUUUAGUCAAAAGGCAUUAUAUUAAACAAUUUACUUUGUUUGGUUGGACACAUGUUACAUUACUGAUUUUUGUUACAUCAUCCUACUUUUGUAUUGAAAAUAUAUUCAAUGGUUUAAUUUGGUUUCUAUUACCAGUUUGUUUAGUUAUAUGCAAUGAUAUAAUGGCAUAUGUAUUUGGAUUUUUCUAUGGGAAAACUCCAUUGAUUAAAUUAUCACCAAAAAAAACAUGGGAAGGUUUUAUUGGUGGUGGUUUGUCAACUAUCAUAUUCAGUAUAUUGUUAUCUUACAUUUUAUUAAAAUAUGAUUAUUUCGUUUGUCCAAUUGAAUGGGAUGAUACAAAAGGUGCAUUAACAAUGAAUUGUACUAGAAAUCCUGUAUUUAUAGCGCAUAUAUAUGAUUUACCAAAAUAUUUAUUCUUUCUUCCAAUCCACCAAAUUACAUGGUAUCCUUUCAUUCAACAUUGUUUAAUUAUUAGUUUGUAUACAUCAAUUGUUGGUCCAUUUGGUGGAUUUUUUGCUAGUGGUUUUAAACGUGCAUUUAAAAUUAAAGAUUUUGGUGAUUUAUUCCCUGGACAUGGUGGUGUAGUAGAUCGAUUCGAUUGUCAGCUAUUAAUUGGUACAUUUGUAUUAUUCUAUUAUAAUUCAUUUGUGAAGUAA